AUGCGUAGAUCCUACCGGGGCCCAAUAAAGACCGCCGCGGACGGCGAGGCGGCUGAGAAGCUGGACCAGGGUGACCGCAGCGAGAAAAGCGCUUGCACUGGGCACUUGGGCAGUGAGAGAAGUACCUCUAGUGGGUCUCGAGAGUCAAGAAGACAAUCCCUGCCGCCAAGACUGGGCGAGUGUCAUGCAGCCUGUCAAUGCCACAGCGGUCAGGUUGAGGAUGUGGAUGAGGAUGCAGGCGCGAGAAACGAAUAG